CCCUCAUCAACAGCUUCAGUAAGCAAAGCAUAUGCGAUCUAUUCUAUCAAUUGAGCCUCAAUUGCCGCGAAUUCAUUGUUUCCGUCUCCUGUUAUCCAAAUAUCUACCCGUUACCACCCUAUACCUCUGUGUCUGUCGGAGCUUAUAACCCCCGAUGGACCGAUCCCUAUCAACAUCCCAUCAUGAGGUCACGCCCAACCUCAAAAUCUGGAGCUGUGUAACCUGUCGUCGUCGCAAGAUCCGCUGCGAUAGAAAAGAGCCAUGCAACAAUUGUACAAAAAACAAAAUCGACUGCCAUUUCCCCGUGACGGGUCGUAUACCGAGACGAACUCGCGAUGCCAAGACUCCAGCUCAGAAGCAAUCUGAAUUGCUCAGUCGUCUUCGUCGUCUCGAGUCAGUCGUUACUGAACUCGCGGCGCAGGUUGAGGAUGAAAAUGGGGCCAAGACUAUGGGUCAGAUAACAGUGGAUAAGGAGCCUACAGAGUCUUCAUGGGCUACGUCAUCUGGCAGUUUGGAUCAUCAGACUUCGGAGUUUGAUGAGGAUUUUGGUAGGCUUGUUGUUGACAAGGACGGUGGACUUCACGUUGGAAAUCGCUUUUGGACGGUAUUUUGCAGCGAGGUAGACAAUAUACUUCAAGCUGUACACGACGUUGCAGAUAUCUCGGAAACCCCAAGUAACUCAAUCAUGGCAGAGCCCACCAGCAAUGGGACUCCGGCUCCUCUAAGUCAUCUUGGCUUUGUCUUUGGCAGCGCAGAGUUCGCGAAAGCGUUAGAUGGGCUCAACCCUAUGCCCUCUCAGAUGCUCUUUAUAUGGCAGACAUAUGUCGAAAAUGUUGACCCUUUCAUCAAGGUCCUUCAUACUCCAGCGAUUGAGAAUAUUGUCAAACAAUUAAAAGGCAACUUUAGCUCCUGUGGCCACAAUGUAGAAGCCCUGUUGUUUGCGAUAUGCUUAGCGGCCAUUGCGUCCAUGGACGAAAAGACAGUCUCGUUCAACUUCAACACACCCAGAGAACAACUGCUGCAGCGGUAUCAAUUCGGUACUGAACAAGCACUCUCUCGUGCCAACUUUCUUACUACAAAAGACAUCACUGUCCUUCAAGCCCUGGUCAUAUACCUAUCGCUGCUACCAAACAUUGGGGCUCAAGAUAAAGUAUGGCCACUGACAGGUUUGCUCCUCAGGCUAGCAAAGUCAGUAUGCCUUCAUCGCGAGGGCGACCCACAUCAGUACAAUCAGCUUGAGAGGGAGAUCAGACGUCGGCUCUGGUGGCACAUCUGCUUCAUCGAUUCCAGUAGUCGACGGGCUGACGCUCAAGACCUGUCAAUCACCCCAGCGUCCUUCAGCACAGGUCUCCCUACAAACUCAAACGAUGUCGAUCUGGACAGCUCAACCACUCAGAUCCCAAAUCCUAAUCAAGGAUCAACUGGUGUGACACUCUGUCUCAUCCGCUGCGAGCUGUGGUAUCUCACACAAGCCAUCCGCGCCGAUACAACCGAUUCUCUAGAGACCCGCCUCGGCCUCUUAAACGCCCUGAGGCAAAAAGUCGAGAAGACUUACUUCCAGCAUCUACAGCCCAACCAACCAUGGGACUCCUUCAUCAGGACGAUGACAACCCUGUUCUUUGCCAAAGUUGAACUGGUUAUUCGACGACGAUCCAAAACUCUCCCUGCAGCGGAUGAGCUAUUGACCCCAUCUAUCACAGUCACCAAAGCAGUGCAGUCUCUCAAAUCAGAACCCGCGUGGGUAAAGUGGCGCUGGCAGUUACAAGGACAAAUGCCAUGGCAUGCAAUGGGUGUCUACCUCCGUCAAGCAUCUCGACUCCCUUGGACACGAGAACUAGAAGAAGCAUGGGGCGCAACUACAGCUUUGAAAGAAGGAGUCACAGAAGAAAUGAAGACGGGAUCACUGUGGAGGUCUCUCAUGCAGCUGUUCUCGGAAGCUGAACAGCAUCGUGAAAUGGAGCUUAAGCGUCAAGGAGCAAAUGCCAAACAUACCCGAGAGAAGGGAGACCGUGUGAACUCGGAUGUCCAGCAAAUGCUCAACAACGCUGAGAACAUGUCAAACGAGAUCCCUGUUAAUCAUCCUCUAAUUGAUACAUCGACAUUUGACUCGUCUCUACAUAUAUCUCCGCCAGCAGACAAUGGGGCUCUCUCCGUGGAACGUCUGUCAACGAGUCUAGGUACAGCGGCUGAUGAUCUUCCUUCAUGGGUUGAAGCAGGAGGUGACAUGAACUUUGGUCAAGGCCAAAAUUUCGGAAACUCGUCAUCUGAUGGAACCGCUGAUGGAGUGGAUUGGGAGGCCUUGAUGGAUCUAGAUGAAACGUGGAAUUGGGACUUCCUGUAGACCACAGUAGAUUCCUUUGGCGGGCAACGGUGAACAAACUUGUUCAUUCAGACUUUAGACACUUUCAAGUAUACGAGAAUAAUGAUUCCCUGUUUUCUCUUUGCAUUCCUUGCAUACGCUCAUGAAGAAGACGAGCUCACUCAACCUGCUGAGUUCCGGCCUUUCGUUGCGAUGCAUUCCCAUCUUCGAUAGAAGGUCACAAAAGUUGCCUUUCGCAAAGAGUUUAGAGAUUGUUGAGCUGAGUUAUCAAAAACAAAUACUACAGUGCUAUGACUCCUUAAAAUCCCUGGUUAGUUGCUUUUACGAGCCGUACAAUGAACCGUUGCUGGUGACAUUCCGCGAUUCACAUACCCAGCUCCCAUCACACGCACUAUUGAAUGAGAGGGUAUGUCUCUAUUCGGAAUAGAAACAUUUCUUUUGUUAAUAAGCGGCAAAUUGGCACUCGACAGUGGACUUUGUAAGAUUCUAUGUAGGACAGCCUGCAGCUUUACAUCCCUUGGCUUAACGACCAGUGGCAUCUGUCACACAUCAUUCUCAACAUUCAAACGUACAAAGAGGAUGCGACGUAAAAUACAAGCAAUUAAGAACAUAUCAAGUGCAUGAUCUACUACCAGGAACAAAGCGUUCCUGGAUCCUUUAGUUAGAUCUCAACAGCCUCAACUCCAUCAAAG